AUGGACGGCCCAGAUCAGAUUGGCCCGGAUUUUCGUCCCAAGCGAACCUUGGCAGACCAGGCUCGUCGAAUCAAGAAGACUUUCACCACUCGAGAAGGGUUACUCGGAGACUACGACUAUGCCUUUCUCUUCACCCCGCGAAUUCCUUUCCUGUCCAAAACCCGGAGUACAGCCCCGUUCUUCGGCCUGGAAGACAAGGUCCCGGUGUUCCUGGCCCUGCUCUUAGGCUUACAACAUGCCCUGGCCAUGUUGGCGGGAGUCAUCGCUCCUCCCAUCAUCCUCGGCGGUUCUGGUGGUGUCAACUUUGGUGAAGAAGACUACCAGUACCUGGUUUCGGCGUCAUUGAUUGCCUCCGGACUGCUCUCCGCCCUGCAGAUGGCGCGCUUGCACGUUACAAAAACUCGUUACUAUAUUGGAACGGGCCUUAUCUCCGUCGUCGGCACCUCCUUCGCCACCAUCACAGUCGCGACAGGCACCUUUGAGCAGAUGUACUCGACAGGCUACUGUCCCAUGGAUGGAGAUACGCGGUUGCCUUGUCCCAAAGGCUACGGUGCGCUUCUGGCCACCUCGUGUCUCUGCUCCUUGCUCGAAAUCGGCCUCUCCUUCCUCAGCCCUCGCAUUCUCAAACGUCUCUUCCCUCCCUUGGUGACUGGCCCGACGGUGCUUCUCAUCGGAGUCUCGCUCAUUAAGAGUGGGAUGAUGGACUGGGCUGGCGGCUCAGGAGGCUGUGGGGACGAUCCCUCGGCGCGCAACCUGUGUCCCAGCGCGGACGCCCCGCACGCUCUCCCAUGGGGCAGUGCCGAGUUCAUCGGUCUUGGGUUCCUGGUAUUCGUGUCCAUCAUCUUGUGCGAGCGGUUCGGAUCGCCCAUUAUGAAAUCCUGCGCCGUCGUGAUCGGUCUGCUGGUCGGAUGCAUCGUGGCGGCCGCCUGCGGGUACUUUGAUCGCUCCGGCAUCGACGAGGCCCCCGUCGCCUCCUUCCUCUGGGUCCGGACGUUCCCGCUGCACCUCUACCCGCCGCUGAUCCUACCGCUCCUCGCCGUCUACAUCGUCAUCAUGAUGGAGUCCAUCGGCGACAUCACCGCCACCUGCGACGUCUCGCAGGUCGAGGUCGAGGGCCCCAACUUCGACUCGCGCAUCCAGGGCGGUGUCCUGGGUAACGGCGUCACCUGUCUGAUCGCCGGCCUGGCGACCAUCACACCGAUGUCCGUGUUCGCGCAGAACAACGGCGUCAUCGCGCUGACCAAGUGCGCCAACCGCAAGGCCGGCUACUGCUGCUGCCUCUUCCUCGUCGUCAUGGGCAUCUUCGCCAAGUUCGCCGCCGCCCUCAUCGCCAUCCCCAAGCCCGUCCUCGGCGGCAUGACCACGUUCCUCUUCUCGUCUGUCGCCAUCUCCGGCGUGCGCAUCGUCUCCCACAUUCCGUUCACCCGGCGGAACCGUUUCAUCCUGACCGCCUCGUUUGCCGUGGGGAUGGCGGCCACGCUGGUGCCGGAAUGGUUCUCGUACUUUUUCACGUACGACGGCGACAACCACGCCCUGGAGGGUCUGCUGCAGGCAGUCGAGCUGGUCAUGGAGAACGGGUUUGCUGUGACGGCGUUUCUGGGGUUGAUUCUCAACCUGCUGCUGCCGGAAGAUCCGGAUGAGGAGGCGGCUCUUUUGGGCCUCCCCCGGAGUGAUGCGGGUGACUCUACCGAGACCCCCACGCCUUUCAAGACAGACAAGGAGGAGACUCAGGUGCGGGCUGUAUAG